ACUUCAGUGGCUGUACACCAUACUAAGCAGUGUACAAUGAAUAGUCUCGCUAUCACAUCUGUCUUGCUGUUGAUCGCAACCGUAAAUGCUGGUUUCGCCGGCAGUUAUGGGGGCCAUGAAGGUUAUGGUGGUCAUGAAGGUUAUGGUGGACAUGAAGGUGGACAUGACAUCUCCCACACCGUCGAAAUAACGAAGCACGUCCCUAUUCCCGUCUACAAACACGAAGCAGUACCUAUUCCGCACACAGUACCAGUUCCAGUUCCUAGACCUGUAGCAGUACCAGUCCCCCAACCUUACCCUGUGCACGUGAAGGUACCGCAACCCGUGGCAGUGCCAGUCAUCAAGACCAUCACGAUUCCCGUGGAGAAACCAGUACCUUACAAGGUUGAGAAAGAAGUUCCCUACCACGUUGAGAAACCAAUUCCAGUUCCUGUAGAGAAGCACAUCCCAAUCAAGAUCCCCAGGCCAGUACCCGUCAAGGUACCAGUCUAUAAGGUUGUGUACCACCAUAGCAAGCAUUAAGUGAAAAACGCAAGACUGAUGCAUCAUCUUCAUCACCUCUCAUCUUAGUCAUUUUUGUUGUUUGUUAUGCCUGUUGUUGAGUUUUGUUUAAUUAUAUGAUUUUUAUCGAUUA